AUGACGUCGGUGGGCGGAAACCGAGCCUGCGGCAGCUGGGAGCAGCAGACGCAGACAGGCCAGACACAGCACAAGCAGAGACCUCAGGUUGGUACCCUGCGCUCAACCCUUCUGCCCACACUGGAUGUCAUGCACUUAGUUACCCCACACACUGACCCAACAGCUGAUUCUUUGGUUCCAGGGCCUAAAAUUAAGUGUUUGGUCCACCAGCCACUGUGGCAAGUAGAUGGAAAAAUCUACCAGCCACUCUGAUAUUUUAAAUUUUGUUUUACCAGCCAAAAUAUUUUUUCGUUAUAAUUAGCACCCAAAAAAAGACCAUGCUUAAUGUUUCUAAAACAAAAAAUGUAUUAGUUGGAAGUAUUGUGAUAUAUUGCUCAAUUUAUUUACAUUUUGUAACCAGAGUCUAAACUAAAAUAUCAGAACAUUUUUCAGCUGACACUUUAAAGGCAGGAGGUUACUGUGGUAAUGGGGCCACUCAAGUUGUCAAGUGUCUGUGUGAGAUUUUGGAUCUGACUAGUAGUAGACAGCAUCUCUUCGCUAUCAGUUGAAGCAGCAGACUCAAACUAACAUUGAAAAACAACCAACCUUGUGAACAAAACAAUGUAAAUAGUAAGGAUGAUCUAAUUAAGUCGAUUUGUCGACAGGCUGUUGGUCAACUGAGAUUUCUUUAGUCAAGCAGUCGCAAUUUAUUUUAAUUUUUUCCAUGGUGCACAAGACACCUGUCUGAUUCGCGCCUGUCUCAGUGGACUAAUCCAUUGUGGAGGCCAUGGGGAGGGCACAGUCCAUCACUCUAAGGCAGGGUUUCCCAAACUCGGUCCACAGGACACUAAGGGGUGCACGUUUAGAUUUUUGCCCUAGCAUUACACAGCUGAUUCAAAUAAUCAUCAAGCUUUCAUCAUUUGAAUCAGCUAUGUAGUGUUAAGGCAAAUAACAAAACAUGCAGCCCUGGGGGUCCCAAGAACUGAGUUUGGGAAAUGCUGCUCUAAGGCAUGUGAUACAGAAAUGGUAUAUGGUUAUAUAAUGUACAGUGAGGGGAAAAAAGUAUUUGAUCCCCUGCUGAUUUUGUACGUUUGCCCACUGACAGACAUGAGCAGUCUAUAAUUUUAAUGGAAGGUUUAUUUGAACAGUGAGAGACAGAAUAACAACAAAAAAAUCCAGAAAAACGCAUGUUAAAAAUGUUAUGAAUUGGUUUGCAUUUUAAUGAGGGAAAUGAGUAUUUGACCCCUCUGCAAAACAUGACUUAGUACUUGGUGGCAAAACCCUUGUUGGCAAUCACAGAGGUCAGACGUUUCUUGUAGUUGGCCACCAGGUUUGCACACAUCUCAAGAGGGAUUUUGUCCCACUCCUCUUUGCAGAUCUUCUCCAAGUCAUUAAGGUUUCGAGGCUGACGUUUGGCAACUCGAACCUUCAGCUCCCUCCACAGAUUUUCUAUGGGAUUAAGGUCUGGAGACUCCAGGACCUUAAUGUGCUUCUUCUUGAGCCACUCCUUUGUUGCCUUGGCUGUGUGUUUUGGGUCAUUGUCAUGCUGGAAUACCCAUCCACAACCCAUUUUCAAUGCCCUGGCUGAGGGAAGGAGGUUCUCACCCAAGAUUUGACAGUACAUGGCCCCGUCCAUCGUCCCUUUUGAUGCGGUGAAGUUGUCCUGUCCCCUUAGCAGAAAAACACCCCCAAAGCAUAACGGUGGGGAUGGUGUUCUUGGGGUCAUAGGCAGCAUAUCUCCUCCUCCAAACACGGCGAGUUGAGUUGAUGCCAAAGAGCUCGAUUUUGGUCUCAUCUGACCACAACACUUUCAACCAGUUCUCCUCUGAAUCAUUCAGAUGUUCAUUGGCAAACUUCAGAUGGGCCUGUAUAUGUGCUUUCUUGAGCAGGGGGACCUUGCGGGCGCUGCAGGAUUUCAGUCCUUCACGGCGUAGUGUGUUACCAAUUGUUUUCUUGGUGACUAUGGUCCCAGCUGCCUUGAGAUCAUUGACAAGAUCCUCCCGUGUAGUUCUGGGCUGAUUCCUCACCGUUCUCAUGAUCAUUGCAACUCCACGAGGUGAGAUCUUGCAUGGAGCCCCAGGCCGAGGGAGAUUGACAGUUAUUUUGUGUUUCUUCCAUUUGCGAAUAAUCACAUCAAAUGUUGUCACCUUCUCACCAAGCUGCUUGGCGAUGGUAUUUUAGCUCAUUCCAGCCUUGUGUAGGUCUACAAUCUUGUCCCUGACAUCCUUGGAGAGCUCUUUGGUCUUGGCCAUGGUGGAGAGUUUGGAAUCUGAUUGAUUGAUUGCUUCUGUGGACAGGUGUCUUUUACACAGGUAACAAGCUGAGAUUAGGAGCACACUCUUAAAGGGAGUGCUCCUAAUCUCAGCUUGUUACCUGUGUAAAAGACACCUGGGAGCCAGAAAUCUUUGAUUGAGAGGGGGUCAAAUACUUAUUUCCCUCAUUUAAAAUGCAAAUCAAUUUAUAACAUUUUUGACAUGUGUUUUUCUGGAUUUUGUUGUUGUUAUUCUGUCUCUCACUGUUCAAAUAAACCUACCAUUAAAAUUAUAGACUGAUCAUUUCUUUGUCGGUGGGCAAACGUACAAAAUCAGCAGGGGAUCAAAUACUUUUUUCCCUCACUGUAGAAAUAAUGGUGCAACACUAAUAAAUUGAAUAUUAUUUUAUAACACAUGCGCCUUCUCCCGCGUUGGAUACGGUCGCUGUUUGUGGUUCUGAAACACUCUUCAGUGAGCCGUAGAAUUGGCGCCUUUCUCCAUGUUGCUACAAUAUAUUAAUUGUUAUAGCUUGAUUGUGAUGGAAGAGCUACAUGUGGUACCUAACCAAUACGUAAUGGGUGGAUAAACGACUGUCAUUGAGAUGGCAUAAGACACUUUUUAAAAGGCUAUUUGUGGUCACCCUUUCUCCACACAGGCCACUGCUGAGCAGAUCCGACUCGCGCAGAUGAUUUCGGACCACAAUGAUGCUGAUUUUGAAGAAAAAGUUAAGCAGGUGAGAACAUGGCUCACCCUUCAUCACAUGUAGCAUCCCAGCACCCUUUUAGACCCUUUUUGCUGCCUGAAGGGAGGACCGUUACAUUAGUGUACAUUCAAAGUUCUAGAAGUGUCCUUACUUGUAGCAUCAAACCACCUUUAGCCUCUUUUUUUGCUCUGGUCUGGUAGCUAGAGCUUAGGUUUACUUCAUUGCUUAAAGUAUAAAUGCAUCAAAUAAAUGUUCCAUAACCCUUUACACUUGUGGGAAUUGGCCUAUAAGGAUAGGGCUACAUUGAAAUGUUUCUUACUGAAUAAAUAUGAGUAGCAUAUACAUAAGCAUGGUAGCAAUUAAAAGGGAACAGUUUGGAGAUUAUCGUAAAAUGAUUAGACCAAAAUUGACGACAACAGGUUCACCUGACACGAGACUGAAUCCAAACAUUACUGUUGAUUUUAUGUGCAUUUUACAUUUACUGUACUUUUUGCCGCAUUUGUUAACGAAAUCUAGAAAUACUAGAAUAUUCCUGGAGAAUGUGGGGUAAGUGCAACAUAAGACAAACAAAAUUACAAUGGUUUGACAGAGGACUAACUGGUGUCUGUGGCCAUACACUUCUAAGUAAUUACAAUGCACUUUUAUGACUCAAAUAAUAUUUUUUGAGCGCUCCUAGCUGUGCCAUUGAGGAACUAGAGCAAGCACACUUGUAAUUUUGUUUGGGGGACACUACAUCACUCUAAUGUUUACGCUAUCCAAAAAUGGCCCAUUUUUUAAAUCACAAUCUGAGUCAGGUGGGCACCAUUUGAAAGGUUGUUCUAUUGCCAACAUGACUUGCUAAAUUAUACAAUACGAUCUUACAGUUUUAGGCUUUCACAGGUGUUUGACUUGCUUGUAUGACAUCAAAGUGGUAUUUAUUAUAAUCCUCAACAUCAUCUUUCAAAAGACAUAGUCCUCUUAAUUUACAGCAUUUCCCUCACUCAAAUGUACAAUAGUUGCCUUUUUAGUGGGAGGGAUGGUGGUAACUUAUUGUAGUGUGUGGUGUUCAGAAUGGCUGUCAGUCAAAACCCAUACAGCGCUGUGAAGUGCAGAGCCUGAGAUCUGACAUUUUAUAGCUUGUUACUUUACAGCCUCUGUGUUUCAAUUUAAGCGCUUAUUAGUUCCCAAAUCUGCCAUUUUCAAACCGUAUUAUGAGUACGAGUGUAAAGGGCUAUGUUGCAAUAUACUCACUGAAGAUUGUGUUAUCCGUUACCCCCUGUCCAGCUGAUUGACAUCACAGGCAAGGACCAGGAUGAGUCUAUGAUCGCACUGCACGACUGCAACGGGGAUGUCAACAGAGCCAUCAACGUGUUGCUGGAGGGUAGCCCAGAUACUGUGAGUUUGGCCUGUGUGAGGGCUUAGUAGUUGGGCCAAAGGGAGGGAGUAAAAAGGUUACCCAUCCAGCUAACUACAGGGAGAAUUCUAACUUCAAAUUUUCACUUAUCUCCCACUGACAUGAAUGCAUACCUAAGUGAAAAUUCGACUUAAAAUGGAAGUUAGGAUUCGCCACUAACAUAAUCAAAGUGAACCCUGUAUGUUACCUCACCUCUCCUCAGGACUCUUGGGAGAUGGUGGGGAAGAAGAAAGGAGUGUCCGGUCAAAAGGAGCCUGGCCAUGCCGAGACCGGAGAGGAAGGAAAGGAGAACCGGGAUAGGGGAGCGGAGAGGGACGUGGCACGUCGUCGAGGUGGGGCCCCACGCAGGGGCAGAGGGGCUAGCAGGGGACGAGAGUGUGAGUAGAAAUCACAUGCCUUUGCAUUAGGGUCAUGGGAAGUGACGCUGGCACACCAGUAGACCCUUCGUAGCGCCUGCCCAUUCUCACCUUAGGUUUCUGAAAAAUAUGUUUAACUUCAAACGCCAUUUCUGACUCCACACACGUUUUCCCUCACUACCUCUAAUGUAAUGCGGCCUCCCUCUCCUCUCAGUCCGUGUACAGGAGAAUGGUCUGGAUGGAGGAAAGGCUGCUGGGAUAGCAGGCAGGGGCACAGAGCGAGGCCACAGGGGGCGGGGCAGAGGAAGAGGUAAGUCCCUCCAUCUUUGGCAAGAGCUGUUUGUUGGACUCCUGAAACAAGGUCCCAACAUAAACUAAAGUUAAUGCCCCCUCUAGUGUGUCAAAUAUGUCAUAGCAUUCCAGGGCCACUAACUUUUUCAGUUGGUGGCACCAGUCCAUGAUUUUGUCAGGAAUGCAUGAUUCAAGAUAUUUUGAUGUGCACCCUAUUCUAGUGAUUGUCAUAAAUAUUGGGUUGACAAUUAGGCUGCUAUAUUUUACUGUCAAAAUAGGGCUCCAAAAUGUUCUGACUUUUGUAGUUCAAUAGAGAUGAAUUUGCCUACAUCUUUAUGUUCACUAAUAUCACAUAGGCUAAUUAAUUUGGGGCUAAUUCAACAACCUGAGAAAGUAGAAACUCAAAACACAUGCGUUAGAUCGCUAACUCUAAAUAAAUAUAAUACCUACUCCUAGUAGCCAUGUAUUAAUCAUCUAUAACAGUACAUUUCAGGCCUAUAUGCACUCAACGUGCAGCUUGCACCGAUUAGACCAAUUAAACAUUUUACUCUCACAGCCAAGUCAAAGGGUUGCAAAAUGCGACUAAAUGGUUGCCGUCGGGCGCCGUGCAUUCUCUGUAGUGCGCUUAAUACAAUUUUAAUGUGCAUUCAAGACGGCAAAUGUUCCUCAAGGGACAAUGCAUUGUAUUUUCUGUAGUGGAAUUAUUUUGUCAGUAGUGUAACUUGUUUGUCCCCCUAGGGGGAGAACGGGAGCGAGGCAGGCGAGGGGGCAGGUUUUCGGCGCAGGGCAUGGGGUAAGUGAACACAUCUGCUGCUCACAGAGAAUGAAUUAUGUUCCCUCUUACCUUUUGCCAUGGUCACCAGAGAGCAGGACCUGGCCCAUUUUUAAAAGGCUUAAUCCAAUGGAGGAAGAAUAUAAAUCGGCCAAAUCAUGUUGAAAUGCGUGGGCUGUAGAUAAACCCUUAUGUAACUCAGAGUUCCUCUGAGCUCUUGUCUCUGAAUAUCGGAUUUGCAUUCAAGUCAGAUAUUGGUAGACCCCAUACCAUACAUGUAACUCAAUGGGUAGGCAUUGAGAUUGUUGCACAUAGGGUUCUGCUCUCGGUGACUCUGACAUGGUGUGUUCUUGUUCUUUGUCCUUCCCUUUGGGUUAAAUGGAGCACCGGUUUGUGUGUGAGUUGUAUGUUUUGUCUGUCAGUAUGCAUUGCCUCUUACCCAACCCUGGUCAUUGAGCACCCUAGAUGUCAUAUAUACUAUAUAUUUUUGAUUGAUUUGACGAGGCUCACAGUGACGAGAUUGUAAGCAGCCCUUUAAACCGGCUUUGAUAAUGAGUAGUAUCAAAUUCCAGCCCUUUAAACCGGCUUUGAUAAUGAGUAGUAUCAAAUUCACUCAAUAAGACAUAUUACUAUAUAUUUUAUGUCACUUGGUAUAUAAUUAGUAACACAUAGUUGGCUAUAUAAUUCCUCUUAGGUGUUAGGGCUAGCAUUAAUCCCCAGUGAGAUGACACAGCCUACUAUUUCUAGGGUUGUCAAAGACCAGGCUUUGUGGGGUUUAGAUGAGUGGGCGCUGCUAGUGUGGGCUCUUUCCCAGGGGUGCAGCAGGUUGAAACGCUUCCUCAAAGACGAACCUGCAUGUUAAUUCCAUCCCUUUGAAAUAAUGAAUGGUGAUUUUUAUGUCUGAAGCACCUGGUUUGUUGGACAUGAAAGAAAGAUGAACUGAUCAUAAAAUGUGAGAAUUGUGUUUUAAUGGCUACUUCAACUGCAUCAGUCCUUUCAUUUUAACAAGUUGAAACAAAUUAUUAUUCUACAGUUUAAUAGGGAUACGUUAGAGGAGAGGGCAAAUGCGUUUGCUGUGGCAGAACGGCUCCAGUCAGCCGGCGUGUAUGUGUGCGCAAGUUUGGCUUGGUCUGGAUAGCGACUAACCUGGAGCGCGAGUGAGCCAGCGCAAUAGGCUUGCGUAGACGGACAGCCAGGCAGAUUGUGUUGCGUUGUCCCCAACAUGUCACUCUUAGUGUGUUGCUUCCGCUGCUGCUCUUGUGGCCUUUGGGAGCCUGUGUUUGCAUGAGUGUGUUCUGUUGGUUUUAACUGUGCUUCCUCUCCUGAUCAUAAUGCAAUUAUUGUUACUUAUGGAACACAGUUUUCAGUUUUCAGUGUUUGUUUGGCAGCCCUGUUUUCCCCUUUGUAGUCAACCAGCUACACCUAUAGAAAAUGACUGCCUCAACAAUGCAGUGUUCACAGAUGUGUGUUGCAAGAGUGUAGUGACUUGUCCAUGCAUGUGAUUUCCAUACAUUCCUCUGUAAAAUAAUGAAUAGUCUAAAACCACACACUGCAUCCCCAUCUGUCCCCGUUGUGCUGCUUGUAAUCGUUGCUGUUGUUUUUCCUCUAAAGCCAGAUUGAUAAGGGGCCCAGAUAUGAUUUUUCAGGAGAUGAGAGGUGAGUGCACCGCCACUGGUGUUAGUGUGUCAAUCUUGCUAUCUGUUGGGGGGAUCAUUCUGCCAAAUGCCAUGAGGGAAGGAUGGAGAUAGACACACAGGAAACAGGGUAUCAGGGCAGAUGAAACCAAAAUGAAGUGCACCCUGGUAAAACGAUAUGGAAUUAAAUGACAGCUGUCUCUUGAACAUUGAGGGUAAACCUGUUGACACAAGCGACAUAAGAAAUCAAAUGAACGUUUAUUGGUCGUUUACAGAGUUUGGCAGGUGUUAUAGCGGUGCAUUGAAAUGCCUAUGUUACUAGCUCUUAACAAUGCAGUCAAAUGUCAAUGUAUAAGGGGUGGAAACAAGACAAAGGCAAUAAAUCAAGAAUGGCGGGACUAAUCCGAUUAACAACCCAAAUAGCACUGUAGUAGUAUCAAAAUUAAAUCUAUGGAUCUCUACACUGGGGAAUUUACACAAGCUAAACUAAAAUACAAUGUACAGUAGUAUAAAUAUAUUACAAUACGCUAUGUCGGGGAUACAGUAUUUAAAUGCACUGUGUUAAACUGGUGUGACCAGUGGUUCAAUCAAGAGUCCUUCCCUGCCGAUCUACAGCACCCCUGUUAUCGUUGGUUCUCAUCGGGAGCUAGUCAAACAUGAAUAGUCUGAAUUCCAGUCAGAUCCUGAAAACUGCUGAAGUCAGUCUACUGAACUGCACUAGGUUGUACUGCACUAUUUUGUACUGCACUGUACAACUUGUGUGCCUGAGCCUGAAAGAAGCAAGAGAACAGUUAUUUGAAGGAUGUGUGCUUUUCUAUAAUUGUCUCUGAAGCCAUGCCGUGAAAUGAUGCGUCGAAAGACAUUGUUUUUUUACCACCAAUCACAGUGCCAGAGAAAGAGUUGAGGAAAAAUAAAGCACUGCCUGCCCAUUCCUUGGUUGUCCUCCUAAAGUAUCUUUGAAUCUGUCAUCCUGACAUUUCUCAGAUGAAUGUUGUCUAGCUGCUACACAUCAGAUCUCAUCAAUCACUUCCUCUAUCUCGCUGCUUACUUACUUCCUCCUUUUACAGUAUACCCCCCCCCCCCCAGUCAAAUAUUCCAGUUGGUAGAGGCAUAGGAAGUGGUUCUGCUCAAAACCACGGCUUCUUCUCUCUCGCAGAACGUUCAACCCGGCGGACUACGCUGAGCCUACCCAGACAGAGGAGAGCUACGGCGGGGGAAGCACCUGGAACAACACGGGAAACCUGGAGUCAGAGGAAGGACCCAGUAAGGAACCCAGCUACUGCUCAGCCCCAGUCCAAAACCACACAACCUAGGCCUAGACACUUCAUUUAUCUCUGCAAGAUGGUGUAUUACCAAGAUGGUGGAAAGUCCAGCUAGCUUAUCUAGAGGCAGAGGAAGGAGCCAUUAAUAAUAAUAAUAAUAAUAAUAUGCCAUUUAGCAGACGCUUUUAUCCAAAGCGACUUACAGUCAUGCGUGCAUACAUUUUUGUGUAUGGGUGGUCCCGGGGAUCGAACCCACUACCUUGGCGUUACAAGCGCCGUGCUCUACCAGCUGAGCUACAGAGGACCAGAAACCAAGCUAGUGCCAUUAAGAAACCAAGCUAGUGCCUAGUCCAAAAACACCUGCCUAUACACUUCCUGUAGGCCUGAAAGUAUCAGAAAGAUGGGUGUAGGCAAGAUGGUGGAGGGUUAGACGGUGGUCUAGUUGUUAAUAACUGGUAACUCUCCAUGGGGUCUGAUAUUACUUAAUUUGCUGGUCUUGGAAAUGAUUUGAGGGGUAUAGUACAAUGCAAGCUAGAUCUACUCAGGGUUUUCUAAAGCUAGCCAGCUUCAGUUAGCUUAACAUUCCAGCUCAGACUUCAUCCGUACUACGACGGUGGAUAUUGCUUGUCCGCCUGCUGCUAACUCUAGCAGGCUUGUAAUGGGCGUGCAUGUGGCUAGUUGAACACCAAACUCUUGAGACCAUGCUGAAGCAUCAAUUCAUUGGCGACUCAGUGACACAUUUUCAUUUGUGCCGAAAUCAAAAUGAAAGAAAAGUUAUCUUGCAAAUUCAGCAGGCUAUGGUGUGAAAUAGGCUUUUAGAAGUGCCAUCUUUAUUUUACUACUUAUCAUUAAUGCAGUCUUUGGUGUAUUUAACAAUGCACAAGCACCUUUUUCCCCACUAUUGAUAAAAUAAUUGCAUUAAAUCAGACAAAAGUGUUACUUUGUGUGAAGUUUCAAAUGCAUUCUGUCAUUACUAAAUGUGUAAUAUGAUUUAAUUUUAAUAGGGGUGUUACGGUUCUGGAUAUAUUGUGGGUUUUGGUACAGCGGGAAAAUUAAAUGCCAUUCAUAAUGUUCAGCUUUCAAAAUGUUCCUUGCAUUGUCUGUUGUGACCGGAUCGUUAUGUUGUGCCUCAAGUUUCCACUCUCAUGCUGCAUUUGUAACCAUGUGGGAGGUGGGAAAUAACCAGUUGUGAAGUCGUAAAUACAAGUUGAAUGCAUUCAUAUGAUUUGAACUAGUUGAGAAACCAUAUGGCGCCAACGAUAAACUAAAAGUACAGCUAUCAUGCGUGUAAACAAAUUACAGUUCAAAACCAACAUUAAUAGAUUGGUUUUUAUAAAUGUUUUGUUGCAUUUAACUGCCAAAAAUGCUGUUCUAGGGGCCAUUUCCUUAGUAGGUGACUUCAGAGGUCACCAUGUGGGAGAAAUGGGUGCUCAGGAUGAUAGACGAGUUUCCCACUAGUAAUUACCAGUUUGAGGGCUGUUCAAGUUGAUCUUCUCAAGUCGUAUGUGGUAAAUUUCCACUUGGUUACGAACACACCAUGACACUGUCUCCUUCAGUGUCAGAUGCGCACUUGUGACUCAAAGGGGGCAUGUCUGUUUUUUUUGGUAAAUGUUUUUUAUGUAUUCAUUCGGGUUCACAGUCCGAACCGAAGUCCCCUUACCGAACUGUUCGGUACGAAUACGUGUACCUUUACACCUCUUUUAACGUUAUUAUUUUUUAAAGCUCAAAAUAAAAUUGGAGUAAUAAAAUAUUUAAUCAGUCUUCCUCAAAUUAAGGGGAUGAUGACUCAUUCUUAGCAGGAGGGAGGGAAUCUGAUUUAAUUGCUCCUCAACUCGCAGCUCAGACUCUUGAUUCAGAAAAAAUGAAGUUAGCCUAGAGUUAGCCUGCCCUGGAGCAGGUUAGUUCUGAAGGAUUCGUUGCCAUAGAAAUGUACUUGGCUUAAAGGUGAGCUACUUUCGUGGUACCGGUUAUCCCGAGUUGAACUCAGUUUACCAAAGUUAUCUCGCUAACGCCUCAAGCCCGGUACGUAGUAUACCCCUAGUCUUACCACGUCUCACUUCUCCUUUCUUGUAGGGAUUGAGUACUCUGCGAGAGGAGAGGGAACAAAUUACCAACCCAAGUUUGACUCUGCCCCUUGUAAGAUUGAACCUCCUUCUUAUGAGGCCCUACACAUCACAUCUCCUUUUUUGUUUCAAGCCUGGUCGGUUUGAAACCUAUUACUCAGUGUAUAUUUUUCUUUACAUUCGUAUAGGUGCCUGGAGGAGCGUGUCAGAAGAGUGGGGUACUGAGGACUGGAAUGAGGACGUGAGUAACUUUACAAUGCCUAUUUAUUGAUUUGGUGGUAUGCCUAUUUUGUUGUGUGUGUGACUUAUUGAUGUACUGUCCAUAUUUUGGCAGAUCUCAUCUUUUGACCAGAAAACCCCCCAGAAAAAAUGACAAUCACAUUAUGUAUGUUUCUGCAUACGACGACAAAGUAUUCAUGCACCUUGACUUAUUUAAUUUUUUUUUUACAGCCUGAAUUCAAAAUGGUUCAAAUUGAUUAUUUUUUUUCUCUCCCAUCAACAUACAGUACCCCAUAAUGACAAAGUAAAAACUUGUUUUUAGAAAUGUUUGCUCCUUUUUUGAAAAUCAGUACAGAAAUAUCUCAUGUACAUACAGUACCAGUCAAAAGUUUGGACACCACCUCAUUCCAGGGUUUUUCUUUAUUUUUACUAUUUUCUAUAAUAAUAGUGAAGACAUCAAAACUAUGAAAAACACAUGGAAUCACGUAGUAACAAAAAAAGUGUUAAACAAAUCAAAAUAGAUUUUUGAUUCUUCAAAGUAGCCACCCUUUGCCUUGAUGACAGCUUUGCACACUCUUGGCGUUCUCUCAACCAGCUUCAUGAGGAAUGCUUUUCCAACAGUCUUGAAGGAGUUCCCACAUAUGCUGAGCACUUGUUGGCUGCAUUGCCUUCACUCUGCGGUCCAACCCAUCUCAAUUGGGUUGAGGUCGGGUGAUUGUGGAGGCCAGGUCAUCUGAUGCAGCACUCCAUCACUCUCCUUCUUGGUCAAAUAGCCCUUACACAGCCUGGAGGUGUGUUUUGGGUCAUUGUCCUGUUGGAAAAACACAUGAUAGUCCCACUAAGCGCAAACCAGAUGGAAUGGCGUAACGCUGCAGCAUGCUGUGGUAGCCAUGCUGGUUAAGUGUGCCUUUUUAAAUUCUAAAUAAAUUACUGACAGUGCCACCAGCAAAGCACCCCCACACUAUCACACCACCAUCUCCAUGCUUCAUGGUGGGAACCACACAUGCGGAGAUCAUCCGUUCACCUACUCUGCAUUUCACAAAGACACGGCGGUUGGAACCAAAAAUCUCACAUUUGGACUCAUCAGACCAAAGGACAGAUUUCCACCGGUCUAUUGUCCAUUGCUCGUGUUUCUUUGCCCAAGCAAGUCUCAUCUUCUUAUUGGUGUCCUUUAGUAGUGGUUUCUUUGCAGCAAUUUGACCAUGAAGGCCUGAUUUCACGCAGUCUCCUCUGAACAGUUGAUGUUGAGAUAUGUCUGUUACUUGAACUCUGUAGCAUUUAUUUGGCCUGCAAUCUGAGUUGCAGUUCACUCUAAUGAACUUAUCCUCUGCAGCAGAGGUAACUCUGGGUCUUCCUUUCCUGUGGCGGUCCUCAUGAGAGCCAGUUUCAUCAUAGCGCUUGAUGGUUUUGGCGACUGCACUUGAAGAAACGUUCAAAGUUCUUGAAAUGUUCCGUAUUGACUGACCAUGUCUUAAAGUAAUGAUGGACUGUCGUUUCUCUUUGCUUAUUUGAGCUGUUCUUGACAUAAUAUGGAUUUGGUCUUUUACCAAAUAGGGCUAUCUUCUGUAUACCACACCUACCUUGUCACAACACAACUGAUUGGCUCAAAUGCAUUAAGAAGGAAAUAAAUUCCACAAAUUAACUUUUAACACCUGUUAAUUGAAAUGCUUUCCAGGUGACUACCUCAUGACUCUGGUUGAGAUAAUGCCAAGUGUGCAAAGCUGUCAUCAAGGCAAAGGGUGGCUACUUUGAAAAAUCAAAAAAAUCUAUUUGGAUUUGUUCAACACUUUUAUUUAUUAUUUAUUUUUUUUUGUAAAAAAACAUUUUACUACAUGAUUCCAUGUGUUUUUCAUAGUUUUGAUGUCUUCACUAUUGUUCUACAAAAUAAAAAAUGAGUAGGUGUGUCCAAACUUUUGACUGGUACUGUAAGUAUUCACCCCCCUCAGUCAAUACUUUGUAGAACACCUUUGCCAGCAAUUACAGCUGUGAGUCUUUCUGGGUAAGUCUCUAAGAGCUUUCCACACCAGGAUUGUGCAUCAUUUGCCCAUUUUAUUGUUCACAAAAUUCUUCAAACUCUGUCAAGUUGGUUGUUAAUCAUUGCUAGACAAUCAUUUUCAGGUCUUGCCAUAUAUUUUCAAUUAGAUAUAAGUCCAAUCUGUAACUCAGCCACUCAGAAACAUUCACUGUCUUCUUGGUAAGCAACUCCAGUGUAGAUCUUGCCUUGCUGAGUAGUGAAUUCAUCUCCCAGUGCCUGGUGGAAAGUAGAUUGAUCCAGGUUUUCCUAUCGGAUUUUGCCUGUUCUUAGCUCAAUUCUGUUAAUUUUUUAAAUCCUGAAACUCCCCAGUCCUUAACGAUCACAAGCAUACCCAUAACAUGAUGCAGCCACCACUAUGCUUGAAAAUAUGGAGAGUGGUACUCAGUAAUGUGUUGUAUUGAAUUUGUCCCAAACAAAACACUUUGUAUUCAGGAAAAAAGUUAAUUGCUUUGCCAAAUUCUUUGCGGUAUUACUUUAGUGCCUUGUUGCAAAAAUAUAUUUGAACUUUUUAUUUAUUCAGGGUAGCCCAAUUGAGACCAGGGUCUCAUUCCCAAUGGUGCCCUGAGUACCAACAUUUUCUCACACCAGGAAUAAUUAUUUUAGAUUACAAUUUAAAACAAUAAUUAAAAAAACAAGGCACAAUUUCAACGAAUAAAACACUACAAUUCAAAACAACUGCAAUCCUCAAUGAAUUCAUUGAACACCAGAGUCCUAAACUGCCCUAGCGGCACCAGGGAAUCCAGAUGCAAGGAAUUUUGUAGGUUAUUCCAACAGUGGGGGGCACUAAAACUAAAGGAGGAUCUACCUUAAUUGGUCGGGACCAUAGGGACCUCGAGUUAACCAGUCCUGUGAGUUAGGUCAUUUGGAAGCUUGUGUAGUGUGGCUUUGUAAACAAAAGAGUAAUUAAUUGAUCUACAUGACUUUAAUGAGGACCAGCCAACCUUUUUGAUACAGGAUGCAGUGGUGAGUAUAAAAACUGUCACCAGUGAUAAAACUAAUGGCGCUAUGGUAGACUGCAUCUGGAGGUUUAUGAGUAGGGGCUGCUGAAAUCUGGUAAAUGGUGUCACCAUAAUCAAGAACUGGCAGGAAAGUUGACUGUACAAUCUGCUUUCUGCUAUUUAGGGAGGGGCAAGAUCUAUUUCUAAAAAUGAAGCCCAUUUUUAAAUCUUAGCUUUUUAACUAGAUCAUCCAUAUGUUUUUAAAACAUUAAGUCUAUGCCCAGAUAUUUGUAGGCGGGAACCCAAUCAAUGGGAGAACCAUCCAAUUAAUAAAUAUGUAGUCCAUCUGCAACUUUUCUUGCAAGAACUAGAGAACAACAUGUAUUUAGUCUUGCCCGCAUUAAGUUAAACUAACCAGGGCUUUCUGUUAGGUAACAAGGUCAGAUUGCUGCUCGAACAAAGCUUGGUCAACAGUUGCGGCAAUGGCAUACAUAAGUGUAGUCUGCAUAUAGAGGAAUAUUACAAGUUUUAACAGACCAAUAUUUUUAUAUAAAUAGUAAAGAGAACAGGUCCCAGUACCGACCUCUGCACCAGUACACCUUUUGUAAUAUCCAGGAAACGAGACUUAACGCCAUCAGAGAUCACACAUUGAGUCCUGUCUGACAGAUAAUUUUCAAACCACCUGCAAGAAACCUGAUCCAGGCCUAUUUCAGUCAACUUUUGAAUAAGAAUGGGCUGGGCAACAGUAUCGAAGGCCUUGGAAAGGUCUGUAAAUAAGGCAGCACAAUGAUUUUUUUAAUGAUCCAAACAAUUUAACACGUCUAAAAUAAGCGUAGCAGCUGAAACUGUGCUAUGUCCAGGUCUAAAACCGGAUUGGUGCACAUUUAAGAAUAGAGUGAAGUUAAAGUUCUUAGCUGAAAGUUAGUAAGGGAUUCUAAAACUUUGGAAAGUCAAGAUAAUUUGGUAAUUGAACGGUAGUUAUCUAAGUCAGAAGGAUCUUUAUGUAGGGGGAGGAUGUGCCGCUUUCCAAAUCUUAGGGAUAACACCAGAAACAAGUAAAAAAUAUGUCCGUGGUUCUGCAAUAAGUAGGGCAGAGGGCUGCAGUAAGAAGGGAUCAAGUGAAUCAGCCUUUAUGUUUUUAGCAAAGCACUACGUACAUCAUAGACAUCAAAGGGUUGAAAUAAAAAUAGCAUAUGUGAGUCAGUGCAUCAUCCUCCACAAUCUGUUCAGAGGUGACUAAAGGACUCUAGUGGGAUGAGAUGAAUUUUCAGAGAUUAUCCAUUGCUAGCUGAAACAACAAAAUGCUUAUUAAAAGCAUCACAAAUGUCUAAACCUGCUGGAGCAAUGAGAGGGAGGAGUUUAAAAGAUUUGACCACUUUCCAGAAAUUGGCUGGAUUACCACCACUGAUACAUAAUUCAAUAAAUGUGUUAAUUUUGCUUUUUUAACCAGGGAUAGACAUCUAUUUCUCAAAUGUCUCAAGGACUGCCAAUCUAGCCUUAGCCCAAGCUCAAUUUCUUUGCUGUAAUUUCUCAGACAAUUCAUGUGUAAACCAAGGAUUACAUCGGUCUUUUACCCUUAGUUUUUUUGUACGAUAUGUUUAUCUGCAACAGAGUUAAACAGGGAAAUAAAACAAUUAACAGCCUGAUCCGAGUCGGUGAUAGUUGACACAAUCCCCCAGUCACUCAACCCCAGCUCAGACAAAACAUUUGGAUAUUACAAUUAUUAAAAAGUCUCUUUAUAAUAAUGCGCGAGCGAGAUUUAGGUAGUAUAACAUCUGUUAUACAAGCAAUGGUCACUAAACUCGUUGGCAAAUAUCCCAUUGGCUGUAAAAUUGUGAGAUGCAUUUGUUAGAAUAAUAUCUAAUAGAGGAUUUUCUGGGUGUUUAAAGUUUGGGCGAGUUGGUUUAGUUAUCAGCUGAGUUAGAUUUAGCUCAGUACAAUUAUAUUUCAGCCCAUCAGAUACUGGCAUUAACCAAUCUAUAUUUAAAAUCACUCACUAUCAGUAAUUAGUCCAACAUUUAGGACUAGACAUUCAAAUUGUUUAGGGACAGAGGUGGUGAUGGAUACAGAAACAUUUUAAUUGCUCUUUAUGUAUAUGGUGACACCCCCUCUGCGAACUCUAGCAGAUCUAAAACCAUAAUAACCUGUCAGAUACACAUCAGAGUCCGGCAUAGACUUCUUUAGCCAAGAUUCAGUUAUAACCAGAAUCUCUGCAUUGGUUUGAGAAGCCAAAGUUACAAUAAAAUACAUUUUCGAAAUCUAACUUUACAUAAAUCAGUCAAAGGCCGCAGCUGCAGGAUUUCAGAUGAGGUGUUUUAUAAUACAAACAUGCCAUGUUCAGCAGGUAACACCCUACUAGAAAAUACCAUGGGAUUGACUUGAAUUGGAAUAGGUACAAUAUUGCCUAGAACUGAACCAUUAGGCCUAUGCCUCGAGUGAGGAAGUGGGUUUAAAUGAGUCGAUGGUUACUUGUAGUAUGAUUAUAAUGCUGAUAAUUUAUGAUUUGGAUCACCUGAGCGGGACUUGGUGUAGGUAAGUCAAUGUCUCAGCGUAUCCUUGAAAUGUGAGGACAGGGUCCAGGCUCCAAGAUGAUUUGGAUGGACCCACCAUCCUCUCUGUAGAACUUCUGUUUCUAAAAGGUGUCAAAGUUAUCCACAAACGUAACUCCAACAGAGCUACAGUAGACUCGUAGCCAGUCGUGUAGUGCCAGCAACCUACUGAAUCUUUCGAAUCAGUCAUGGUACUGGGCCUGAAAUAAUUGGACGUUUAUUGGAGUCUUUCAGAGUUCCAAUCGGUUAUAUAUAUAAAAUCCAGUUUCAGCUAGCCAUCCUAAUGUCAUUAGAUCCAACAUGGAUUACGACAUCGACAGCCCCCUUCUGGCGUAAAACUGUAGGACGCACUUAGUAAUAUCCUGUACCCAAGCCCCAGGAUAGCACAAGGUUUUUCUCCUGGAACCGAGAUGUUUCUCACCAUUGAGCUGCCAACUUUAACGGCUGGUGAGAUGGCAGAGGAGGUCCGGCAGUUUUUGCGCCUCAAGCUGGCCGCAAACCGCAUUGUGGCUGACUGAGGAGCCGGUGCGUCAGACACCCUCGAGAUCAGGUGAUCCGAGUCCAGAAAGAAUUUGAGGCAGAAUCCCCCUGGGAAGAAGUCGUGGUCCUCUGUAGCUCAGCUGGUAGAGCACGGCGCUUGUAACGCCAAGGUAGUGGGUUCGAUCCCCGGGACCACCCAUACACAAAAAUGUAUGCACGCAUGACUGUAAGUCGCUUUGGAUAAAAGCGUCUGCUAAAUGGCAUAUUAUUAUUAUAAGUCAGGAUAGGGGACGAUGGCGCUGGAUCCUCCAAAGCCGGGAGGGCGAAGCUGUUAAACAACUGGAUUUGGGUCGGGCUUCCCAACGCCAAAGAAAACCAACUUUCCACAGGCCACUUUCCUCCAUUUGGCCUACGGCAGGUGACGUGCUUCCAUGAUUGGGCAACAGGAAUGGUGACCGUAUCAUCCACUAAAUCCAUCAGAAGUGAGGGUCCUGCUCCAUUUUCCAGGGAAGUGAGAGACUUUGUCAGUGAGGGGUCCCUGGAAGGCAUUGGCCAUUCAGUCAAUGAGUGUUUUUAUUUUAUUUUAUUUUUUAGGGGGUAGAUCAGUUUUUACUUUUGUUUUAGUUUUUUGCAUACAGUGAGGGAAUAAAGUAUUUAAUCCCCUGCUGAUUUUGUAAGUUUGCCCACUGACAAAUAAAUUAUCAGUAUAUAAUUUUAAUGGUAGGUUUAUUUGAACAGUGAGAGACAGAAUAACAACAAAGAAAUUCAGAAAAACGCAUGUCAAAAAUGUUAUAAAUUGAUUUGCAUUUUAAUGAGGGAAAUAAGUAUUUGACCACCUCUCAAUCAGAAAGAUUUCUGGCUCCCAGGUGUCUUUUAUACAGGUAAUGAGCUGAGAUUAGGAGCACACUCUUAAAGGGAGUGCUCCUAAUCUCAGCUUGUUACCUGUAUAAAAGACACCUGUCCACAGAAGCAAUCAAUCAGAUUCCAAACUCUCCACCAUGGCCAAGACCAAAGAGCUCUCCAAGGAUGUCAGGGACAAGAUUGUAGACCUACACAAGGCUGGAAUGGGCUACAAGACCAUCGCCAAGCAGCUUGGAGAAAGGUGACAACAGUUGGUGCGAUUAUUCGCAAAUGGAAGAAACACAAAAGAACUGUCAAUCUCCCUCGGCCUGGGGCUCCAUGCAAGAUCUCACCUCGUGGAGUUACAAUGCUCAUGAGAACGGUGAGGAAUCAGCCCAUAACUACACUGGAGGAUCUUGUCAAUGAUCUCAAGGCAGCUGGGACCAUAGUCACCAAGAAAACAAUUGGUAACACACUACGCCGUGAAGGACUGAAAUCCUGCAGCGCCCGCAAGGUCCCCCUGCUCAAGAAAGCACAUAUACAUGCCCGUCUGAAGUUUGCCAAUGAACAUCUGAAUGAUUCAGAGGAGAACUGGGUGAAAGUAGCUUAGUGGUUAAGAGCGUUGUGCCAGUAACCGAAAGGUUGCUGGUUCUAAUCCCCGAGCUGACUAGGUGAAAAAUCUGUCUGCCCUUGAGCAAGGCACUUAACCCUAAUUGCUCCUGUAAGUCACUCUGGAUAAGAGCGUCUGCUAAAUGACUAAAAUGUAAAUGUAAAGUGUUGUGGUCAGAUGAGGCCAAAAUGGAGCUCUUUGGCAUCAACUCAACUCGCCGUGUUUGGAGGAGGAGGAAUGCUGCCUAUGACCCCAAGAACACCAUCGGAAACAUUAUGCUUUGGGGGUGUUUUUCUGCUAAGGGGACAGGACAACUUCUCCAGAGCGAUUUACAGUUAGUGAGUGCAUACAGUUAGUUAGUGAGUUUUUUUUUUCUUCAUACUGGUCCCCCGUGGGCAACGAACCCACAACGCCAUGCUCUACCAACUGAGCUACACGGGUCUUAAUUUUGGGUCAGUCACAGUGGUCAGGCAUUCUGCCGCUGUGCACUCACUGUUUAGGGCCAAAUAGUAUUCCAGUUUGCUCUGUUUUUUGGUAAAUUCUUUCCAAUGUGUCAAGUAAUUACCUUUUUGUUUUCUCAUGAUUUGGUUGGGUCUAACUGUGUUGCUGUGCUGGGGCUCUGUGGGGUCUAUUUAUGUAUGUCAACAGAGCCCCAGGACCAGCUUCUUUAGGGGACUCUUCUCAAGGUUAAUCUCCCUGUAGGUGAUGGCUUUGUUAUGGAAGGUUUGGGAAUCGCUUCCUUUUAGGUGGUUGUAGAAUUGAACGGCUCUUUUCUGGAUGUUGAUAAUUAGCGGGCAUCGGCCUAAUUCUGCUCUGCAUGCAUUAUUUGGCGUUUUACGUUGUACACAGAUUGUUUUUGCAGAAUUCUGCAUGCAGUCUCAAUUUAGUGUUUGUCCCAUUUUGUGAAUUCUUGGUUGGUGAGCGGACCCCAGACCUCACAACUGUAAAGGGCAAUGGGUUCUAAAUCUGAUUCAAGUAUUUUUAGCCAGAUCCUAAUUGGGAUGUCAAACUUUGUUCCUUUUGAUGGCAUAGAAGGCCCUUCUUGCCUUGUCUCUCAGAUCGUUCACAGCUUUGUGGAAGUUAACUAUGGUGCUGCUGUUUAAGCCGAGGUAGGUAUAGUUUUGUUUGUGCUCUAGGGCAGUGUUUCCCAAACUCGGUCCUGGGGUCCCCCCUGGGUGCACAUUUUGGUUUUUGCACUACUCAGCUGAUUCAAAUAGCCAACUCAUCAUCAAGCUUUGAUUAUUUGAAAAAGCUGUGUAGUGCUAGGGCAAAAACCAAAACGUGCACCCAGGGAGGGCCCCAGGACCAACUUUGGGAAACCCUGCUCUUGGUGUCUAGAUGGAAUUUGUAUUUGUGGUCCUGGCAACUGGACCUUUUUUGGAACACCAUUAUUUUUGUCUUAAUGCAAUUUACAGAAUCUGUGCAGAAGAUCUAGGUGCUGCUGUAGGCCCUCCUUGGUUGGGGACAGAAGCACCAGAUCAUCAGCAAACAGUAGACAUUUGACUUCAGAUUCUAGUAGGGUGAGGACGGGUGCUGCAGACUGUUCUAGUGCCGUCGCCAAUUCGUGUGUGUGUACAGUUGAAGUCGGAAGUUUACAUACACUUAGGUUGGAGUCAUAAACUCGUUUUUCAACCACUCCACAUAUUUCUUGUUAACAAACUAUAGUUUUAGCUAGUCGGUAGGACAUCUGUGCAUGACACAAGUAAUAUUUCAAACAAUUGUUUGCAGACAGAUUAUUUCACUUAUAAUUCACUGUAUCACAAUUCCAGUGGGUCAGAAGUUUACAUACACUAAGUUGACUGUGCCUUUUAAACAGCUUGGAAAAUUCCAGAAAAUGAUGUAAUCAAGCUUCUGAUAGGCUAAUUUACAUCAUUUGAGUCAAUUGGAGGUGUACCUGUGGAUGUAUUUCAAGGCGUACCUUCAAACUCGGUGCCUCUGCUUGACAUCAUGGGAAAAUCAAAAGAAAUCAGCCAAGACCUCAAAAGAAAUUGUAGACCUCCACAAGUCUGGUUCAUCCUUGGGAGCAAUUUCCAAAUGCCUGAAGGUACCAUGUUCAUCUGUACAAACAAUAGUAUGCAAGAAUAAACACCAUGGGACCACGCAGCCGUCAUACCGCUCAGGAAGGAGACGCGUUCUGUCUCCUAGAGAUGAACGUACUUUGGUCCCAGAACAACAGCAAAGGACCUUGGGAAGAUGCUGGAGGAAACGGGUACAAAGGUAUCUAUAUCCACAGUAAAACGAGUCCUACAUUGACAUAACCUGAAAGGCCGCUCAGCAAGGAAGAAGCCACUGCUCCAAAACCGCCAUAAAAAAGCCAGACUACGGUUUGCAACUGCACAUGGGGACAAAGAUUGUACUUUUUGGAGAAAUGUCCUCUGGUCUGAUGAAACAAAAAUAGAACUGUUUGGCCAUAAUGACCAUUGUUAUGUUUGUAGGAAAAAGGGGGUGGCUUGCAAGCCGAAGAACACCAUCCCAACCGUGAAACACGGGGGUGGCAGCAUCAUGCUGUGGGGGUGCUUUGCUGCAGGAGGGACUGGUGCACUUCACAAAAUAGAUGGCAUCAUGAGGAAGGAAAAUUAUGUGGAUAUACUGAAGCAACAUCUCAAGACAUCAGUCAGGAAGUUAAAGCUUGGUCGCAAAUGGGUCUUCCAAAUGGACAAUGACCCAAGCAUACUUCCAAAGUUGUGGCAAAAUGGCUUAAGGACAACAAAGUCAAGGUAUUGGAGUGGCCAUCACAAAGCCCUGAUCUCAAUCCUAUAGAACAUUUGUGGGCAGAACUGAAAAAGUGUGUGCGAGCAAGGAGGCCUACAAACCUGACUCAGUUACACCAGCUCUGUCAGGAGGAAUAGGCAAAAAUUCACCCAACUUAUUGUGGGAAGCUUGUGGAAGGCUACCCAAAACAUUUGACCCAAGUUAAACAAUUUAAAGGCAAUGCUACCAAAUACUAAUUGAGUAUGUACACUUCUGACCCACUGGGAAUGUGAUGAAAUAAAUAAUAGCUGAAAUAAAUAAUUCUCUACUAUUAUUCUGACAAUUCACAUUCUUAAAAUAAAGUGGUGAUCCUAACUGACCUAAGACAGGGAAUUUCUACUAGGAUUAAAUUUCAGGAAUUGUGAAAAACUGAGUUUAAAUGUAUUUGGGGAAGGUGUAUGUAAACUUCCGACUUCAACUGUGUGUGUGUACACUACCGUUCAAAAGCUUGGGGUCACUUAGAUAUGUCCUAGUUUUCUAAAGAAAAGCAAUUUUUUUUGUACAUUAAAAUAUCAUCAAAUUGAUCAGAAAUACAGUGUAGACAUUGUUAAUGUUGUAAAUGGCUAUUGUAGCUGGAAACGGCUGAUUUAUUAUAUUUUUAAUGGAAUAUCUACAUAGGCGUACAGAGGCCCAUUUAUCAGCAACCAUCAGUCCUGUGUUCCAAUGGCACGUUGUUUGCUAAUCCAAGUUGAUCAUUUUAAAAGGCUAAUUGAUCAUUAGAAAACCCUUUUGCAAUUAUGUUAGCACAGCUGAAAACGGUUGUGCUGAUUAAAGACGCAAUAAAACUGGCCUUCUUGAGACUAGUUGAGUAUCUGGAGCAUCAGCAAUUGUGGGUUCGAUUACAGGCUCACAAUGGCCAGAAACAAAUAACUUUCUUCUGAAACUCGUCAGUCUAUUCAUGUUCUGAGAAAUGAAGGCUAUUCCAAAUUGCCAAGAAACUGAAGAUCUCGUACAACGCUGUGUACUACACCAUUCACAGAACAGCGCAAACUGGCUCUAACCAGAAUAGAAAGAGAAGUGGGAGGCCCCGGUGCACAACUGAGCAAGAGGACAAAUACAUUAGUGUCUAGUUUGAGAAACAGACGCCUCACAGGUCCUCAACUGGCAGCUUCAUGUCUGAGAUUUGUAUUUUUCUUUGCAACUCUGCCUAGAAGGUCAGCAUCCCGGAGUCGCCUCUUCACUGUUGACGUUGAGACUUGUGUUUUGCAUGUACUAUUUAAUGACUGCCAGUUGAGAACCUGUGAGGCGUCUGUUUCUCAAACUAGACACUAAUGUACACUGCUCAAAAAAAUUAAGGGAACACUUAAACAACACAAUGUAACUCCAAGUCAAUCACACUUCUGUGAAAUCAAACUGUCUACUUAGGAAGCAACACUGACAAUAAAUGUCACAUGCUGUUGUGCAAAUGGAAUAGACAACAGGUGGAAAUUAUAGGCAAUUAGCAAGACACCCCCAAUAAAGGACUGGUUUUGCAGGUGGUGACCACAGACCACUUCUCAGUUCCUAUGCUUCCUGGCUGAUGUUUUGGUCACUUUUGAAUGCUGGCGGUGCUUUCACUCUAGUGGUAGCAUGAGACGGAGUCUACAACCCACACAGGUGGCUCAGGUAGUGCAGCUCAUCCAGGAUGGCACAUCAAUGCGAGCUGUGGCAAGAAGGUUUGCUGUGUCUGUCAGCGUAGUGUCCAGAGCAUGGAGGCGCUACCAGGAGACAGGCCAGUACAUCAGGAGACGUGGAGGAGGCCGUAGGAGGGCAACAACCCAGCAGCAGGACUGCUACCUCCGCCUUUGUGCAAGGAGGAGCAGGAGGAGCACUGCCAGAGCCCUGCAAAAUGACCUCCAGCAGGCCACAAAUGUGCAUGUGUCUGCUCAAACGGUCAGAAACAGACUCCAUGAGGGUGGUAUGAGGGCCCGACGUCCACAGGUGGGGGUUGUGCUUACAGCCCAACACCGUGCAGGACGUUUGGCAUUUGCCAGAGAACACCAAGAUUGGCAAAUUCGCCACUGGCGCCCUGUGCUCUUCACAGAUGAAAGCAGGUUCACACUGAGCACGUGACAGACGUGACAGAGUCUGGAGACGCCGUGGAGAAUGUUCUGCUGCCUGCAACAUCCUCCAGCAUGACCAGUUUGGCGGUGGGUCAGUCAUGGUGUGGCAUUUCUUUGGGGGGCCGCACAGCCCUCCAUGUGCUCGCCAGAGGUAGCCUGACUGCCAUUAGGUACCGAGAUGAGAUCCUCAGACCCCUUGUGAGACCAUAUGCUGGUGCGGUUGGCCCUGGGUUCCUCCUAAUGCUAGACCUCAUGUGGCUGGAGUUUGUCAGCAGUUCCUGCAAGAGGAAGGCAUUGAUGCUAUGGACUGGCCUGCCCGUUCCCCAGACCUGAAUCCAAUUGAGCACAUCUGGGACAUCAUGUCUCGCUCCAUCCACCAACGCCACGUUGCACCACAGACUGUCCAGGAGUUGGCGGAUGCUUUAGUCUAGGUCUGGGAGGAGAUCCCUCAGGAGACCAUCCGCCACCUCAUCAGGAGCAUGCCCAGGCGUUGUAGGGAGGUCAUACAGGCACGUGGAGGCCACACACACUACUGAGCCUCAUUUUCACUUGUUUUAAGGACAUUACAUCAAAGUUGGAUCAGCCUGUAGUGUGGUUUUCCACUUUAAUUUUGAGGGUGACUCCAAAUCCAGACCUCCAUGGGUUGAUACAUUUGAUUUCCAUUGAUCAUUUUUGUGGCUUUGUUGUCAGCACAUUCAACUAUGUAAAGAAAAAAGUAUUCAAGAUUAUUUCAUUCAUUCAGAUCUAGGAUGUGUUAUUUUAGUGUUCCCUUUAUUUUUUUGAGCAGUGUAUUUGUCCUCUUGCUCAGUUGUGCACCGGGGCCUCCCACUCCACUUUCUAUUCAGGUUAGAGCCAGUCUGCGCUGUUCUGUAAAGGGAGUAGUACACAGCGUUGUACGAGAUCUUCAGUUACUUGGCAAUUUCUCGCAUGGAAUAGCCUUCAUUUCUCAGAACAAGAAUAGACUGACGAGUUUAUGAAGAAAGUUAUUUGUUUCUGGCCAUUUUGAGCAUGUAAUCGAAGUGUUAAACAAUUCCAAAUAUUUCAUAUUUCAGUUUCUUCAAAGUAGCCACCUUUGCCUUGAUGACAGCUUUGCACACUCUUGGCAUUUUCUCAACCAGCUUCAUGAGGUAGUCACCUGGAAUGCAUUUCAAUUAACACGUGUGCCCUCUUAAAGUUAAUUUGUGGAAUUUCUUUCCUUAAUGCGUUUGAGCCAAUCAGUUAUGUUGUGACAAGGUCGGGGGAUAUACAGAAGAUAGCCCUAUUUGGUAAAAGACCAAGUCCAUAUUAUGACAAGAACAGCUAAAAUAAGCAAAGAGAAACGACAGUCCAUCAUUACUUUAAGACAUGAAGAUCAGUCAAUACGGAAAAUGUCAAGAACUUUGAACGUUUCUUCAAGUGCAGUCGCAAAAAACAUCAAGCGCUAUGAUGAAACUGGCUCUCAUGAGGACCGCCACAGGAAUGGAAGACCCAGAGUUACCUCUGCUGCAGAGGAUAAGUUCAUUAGACUUACCAGCCUCAGAAAUUGCAGCCCAAAUAAAUGCUUCAUAGAUUUCAAGUAACAGGCACAUUUCAACAUCAACUGUUCAGAGGAGACUGUGUGAAUCAGGCCUUCAUAGUCGAAUUGCUGCAAAGAAACCACUACUAAAGGACACCAAUAAUAGUAAGAAGAGACUUGUUUGUGCCAAGAAACAUGAGCAAUGGACAUUAGACUGGUGGAAAUUUGUCCUUUGGUCUGGAGUCCAAAAUUGAGAUUUUUGGUUCCAACUGCCGUGUCUUUGUGAGAUGCGGUGUGGGUGAACGGAUGAUCUCUGCAUGUGUUGUUCCUACCGUAAAGCAUGGAGGUGGUGGUGCUAUGGUGUGGGAGUGCUUUGCUGGUGACACUGAUUCAUUUAGAAAUCAAGGCACACUUAACCAGCAUGGCUACCAUAGCAUUCUGCAGCGAUACGCCAUCCCAUCUGGUUGUGGCUUAGUGGGACUAUCAUUUGUUUUUCAACAGGACAAUGACCCAACACACCUCCAGGCUGUGUAAGGGCUAUUUUACCUAGAAGGAGAGUGAUGGAAUGCUCCAUCAGAUGACCUGGCCUCCACUAUCCCCCGACCUCAACCCAAUUGAGAUGGUUUGGGAUGAGUCGGACUGCAGAGUGAAGGAAAAGCAGCCAACAAGUGCUAAGCAUAUGUGGGAACUCCUUCAAGACUGUUGGGAAAGCAUUCCAUGUGAAGCUGGUUGAGAGAAUUCCAAGCGUGUGCAAAGCUGUCAAGGCAAAGGGUGGCUUUUUUGGAAUAUCUCAAAUAUAAGAUAUAUUUUGAUUUGUUUAACACCUUUUUGGUUACUACAUGAUUCCAUAUGUUAUUUCAUAGUUUUGAUGUUUUCACUAUUAUUCUACAACGUAGAAAAUAGUACAAAUAAAGAAAAACCCUAGAAUGAGUUGGUGUCCAAACUUUUGGCUUGUACCAGUCAUUCCAGUUUAAUAAAAAAAUUGUAUGUGUACUAUUUUCUACAUUGUAGAAUAAUAGUGAAGACAUCAAAAUGAUGAAAUAACACUUAUGGAGUUAUGUAGUAACAAACAAUAGGUCACACAUUUUACUGCGAUUACACCUAACACAUAUGAGAGUUUGUCUAUUUGUUUUGUUUUCUGUUUUUUUCUUGUUCAGUUUUUUUAAUCUUUCAAUCGCUCUCAUCUCUAGCUGUCAGAGACCAAGAUCUUCACAGCCUCCAGUGUGGCCUCCAUGCCACACCCCCAGGAGAAUGUCACCAUCACUGCAGGACAG